AUGUUCAUUCUCAAUAAGCUUAAAAAGCGACUUGCCAACACAAGGCCUGCCAAAAGGCCACAAGGCAAAGUCCCUGCCAGAUCCAACAAACGGAAGCUUGAAUUACCAAAACGAAGUAAGUAACUGCAUACUUCUAUAUAUAUGCAGUGAAUCCCUUAGUAGCUAUGAAUUUGUAGAAACAGAGUCGUUUUUGCAUUGCAUAUUAAUAUGAGUAGGGGUACAGUAGAUACCUUCAUAGCUGUUUGCUAUAUAACUAAAGUGGUGGUUCUCCCAAGGUUAUUAGCAAGGUUCAGAUUUAACUUUCACUGCGACUACCGCUACCUUUAAGACAUCAUGAACCAAUCAGAUGCGUUUAUUCCACCCGAUUAACCAAUCAAAUACGUCUUUAGCCAGCGAAAGGUAGCGGUAGUGGAAGCCAAAUCUUAAUACCAUAAUAUUCCAUAUACUCCAAUAUACCAUACCAUAAUUGGUAUUUUGUACAUGGUUUAAAGGUUUAAGUGCUAUACUGGAAGUUGGGGAAAACGUCAAUAAAGACAAUAAUGCAGAUAUCAACUCUGAAGAUAUCAACAAUGAGCCUGAAAAUACAGCCUCAAACUCUGAUACAACAAUUGAUGAAAGACAUUAUGCCUCUCUAAACAAAGAGCAAAGAAAAAGUAAACCAAAUAAAGCAGUAGUAAAUAAAUAUUUGAACGUGAAAUUUGCAUCCAGGAAGGAAUGCCUGCAAGCAACAAGAAAAGAGGACAGACCAAGAUUCAUAAUUGACACCUACCCAUGCUUUAAAGAUCCUUCUGAGGUUUGUACUGUAGUGUCUAUCUGUACUUUUGCACAUGCCAUUAAUCAGAAGUUUCUUAUUUCUGCGGAAUGUGUUUUUUUUUAAACUCCGUGAGUUUUCAACUUUUUCCUUUCAAACUUGGUCAGAUAUUGGAAUUAGUCAAAAUUUAGGCCAAUUUAACACUCAAAAGGUGUUCUGUAACCUUAAUUUGCUCACUGCUUUGCUAUUUUAUAUUAUGUACAGUACAUGUACGUCCUACGAUAUUGUCCCCUGCUUGGAUAGCAUGUACAAGGUGAUAGUACUUUAUUGGAUAGUGUUAAUAAUUUCAGACCAAAUUUGUUUUCAAAUAUUUGUUACUUUUUUGAGGUGUUGGAGAAGGUUAGACGUAGUUUGUCGCAGCCAGAGGAGGAAGAUGUUGGACAUUAUCUGAAGACAUGUGUUGAAAAUCUAAAGAUUAAACUAGAUCAUCUCAUAUACUAUGGGAUUUCAAAGAGUGCACUUCGCCCGCCAACGAAUAUUAGUGAUGGUAGAAUAGUGAAAGUACAGUUAGUAGCAGUUAGAAUUAGAUGUCUACCGAGAUAUGUUUAAUUUAAAGUUGUGAUUUAUACUGUAUCCUGUUUACAGUAUGUUCCAUACAGAUGGAUUGGAUAUCAUCGAUUAGUUUCAAGCUUUUGGUCUGCAAUCUCGGAUCAUGUUCAGUACAAAUAAUCGUUAUUGUUACAGUACAUGCAUGCAUAUGAGGGCUACUUGCACACGUGAAGACCCGAGCUUACAGACCAACAGUUUUGAAAAAUUCCUGUUGCUAGUGGUCUAAAAUCUAAUUAUGUUUUCUAACAUGGCAAGGUGAUUCAUUUAAUGAAAGGGUUGAACAACGUCUUCAAGCCAAAAGGAAAACAGUCAACAAAGCAAUUGAAAGCUAAAGAAAUAUUCCAUGUUAUUGAGGUGGGUGUUGCCCUCUGAUCAGGCUGGAAAAUGUCGAGCAGCGCUGCUGCCAGGAAAUUUUUAACAUAAGGGUAAAUUACCAUGGCGAACAACAUGGCAUACGUGCCAAGAUCCAAAUCUGCAAUGAAAUUCCUGAAAAUGACCAUGCCUAGAUAACUCCUGAUCAAUCAAAGCUACAAACUUUCUUGAGUACCCAUAUUUGUUUAGAAUGGUUACUUUUAGGGGUGGUAAUUCGAGAGUGUAUUGUGUCUUUUUAUUAGAAAAUGACCAUGCAUCAUCCCCGGUGAAAUGCUAUGUUUUCUUUACUAUUUCCUGAAACUUUCACCAUAGGAUGAGUGUGCAUGGUCUUUUCUUGUAAUAUAUUAUAACUAGACACAUUUCACCCUCCAUGUCGGCUGUGCCAUUUCUAGGCGUUGUCAUUUUCAGAACUUUCACCCCGGAAUCGGGUUUCGGGACAUAUGCAAUGUUGUUUACCCUGAUAAUUUUAUCCUAAAACAUUUGAGAUUACUUGUCUUAAAUGAAACGCAUAUACGAACUCCUAUAGCUGGGUUUCAAUCACGUGAGUCACUGACAUUUUAGCACUUGGUGGUCGAUCGAGUUCAUUGUUCAUUAUAUGUAUUCGCCUUGUGUUUAGUAGCAAUCACAAGGCAUAAAGCGACGAUAUGUGCAAAGUUGACCACCAUGUGUUUCCCUAUGAAAAAGGCCUAGUGAAACCCACCUAUACAGGUCCUGGACUAGAAUGGCAACAAUGUUCAUCUUACUUUCUUUAUUGCAUUUGUUUGAGUAUCAAAGGGAAAAUUAUGGUAAACGUGAAAAAUUGUGAUCAUUUACUUUGUUGCAUCAUGGUACAUUUGGCUUACAUUAAUUCUAUUUGUAUCACUGUAGGGCGAUGAAGGACCUUGUGACUGGCAACGAAAGCGAUCAUCUUAUAUACCAGGGCUUGCUGUGUCAUCAAAUGGCGCAGCAUUACUGCUUGGGAGAGAUAUCUUCAUAAUCUUCAGUGCAGGUGAAAUGGUUGAAGCUGUCAUUACACUUAUAGCCAGCUUCUACCUCAUGGAUCUCGAUUAUCCUUCAGGAUUGCUAGUUGGAUUAUCUAUCAUGCAACAAAUUUGUUUUGGUGAUAGUGUAAUCCACCCGGAUGGCAAGGACGAUGUCAUCAAAGCAUGGAAUGACUUACAGAAAUACUGUAGUGAUUAA